CUCUCAGGUGUCCACAUUUUCCAGUGGAUGUAUGGUUGUGAGUGGGACGAUGAGACUGGAAACAUCAAUGGUUUCAAUCAGUAUGGUUAUGAUGGAGAAGACUUCAUAUCAUUUGACCUGGAGACAGAGACAUGGAUCGCUCCUAAACCACAGGCUGUCAUCACCAAACGCAAGUGGGACAAUAACAAAGCUUAUAUAGCACAGGAGAAACACUACUUCACUCAGUAUUGUCCUGACUGGCUGAAGAAGUAUGUGGACUAUGGGAGGAGCUCUCUGCUGAGAAAAGGUAGAGUCACAUGACCUGAUGUAGUUUCAUGAACAUAACAAUCUUCAUGUGUCUCCUCUGUUUCUAACCAACAGGAACAUCACAGUGAAUAUGAGCCAACAUAUACAGACACACAUUUUCUUUUUCUCUAAUGUUCUCACCUCUCUUCAUCUCUCUGCCUCCCUCUCUCUGAACUCUGUUUCCUGUCACUGUCUCCCACAGACUGAUCACCACUCUCUCUUUCUCUCUGCCAUGUUUCUUUUUGUCUUCAUUUCUCUUUCUAUCUUUAAUUUA